AUGGUCGAAAGAGAACUAGCUAAAUCUGAGGACUAUGAGGCGACACCAUUGCCUAUAACGGCUGGAACAGUAUCUCUGGUUAGUGACAUUACUGUCGUAAAAGACACUGAUCCAAUACCUCAUGGAUUUAUUGCCAUAGACUAUUGUGCAGAUUCUCGUGAAAAAGCUUUACGAAAACGCUUCAUUUGCAUUAAAACGGAGCCACGUGAUUCCAUUGUCGAUGCCGUGGGUGAAGUCAUCAUCCUCAAUAAGCAAAAGAAAACCCCUCGUGAUUUUACAUUGGCUGGCGAAGUCGACGGUGCAGCAAUUUGUUUCCGUGUUAUCGUUGUCCCACCAACGUUUGGACUAAAGUACAGUACAAGUGAUCGUGCACUGUCAAGCAAUUCCGGGAACUUAGCUCCACCACCUAUUGGUCUUUAUCCACACCUUAGUCAAUCUGGGUCAACUCCAGCUAAUUUGGACCAGAAGCAGAAUGCAAAUACGUUUACGAUCAAGAAUACCGGUGCUGUAAAGCUUCGCGGUCUCGAUGGUGUUCCAUUUAAACUGAAUCCUCAACUCGCUUCGAAGUUGCGCGCUGCAGUGGAAGACAAUUCUGUGGAUCCGACGGUGAUGUUUGACAUUCGGAGAUUGGAUUCGGAAGAAUUCACCUAUUCUUUUUCUGUUGAGCGUGCUACGCUUGCUAACUUCUCAUGA